AUGCCAGAAUCACGGUCACAUCAUCCGUUGGUAUGGAUCGACUGCGAGAUGACCGGCCUCGAUGCCGAGAAAGAUACGAUAAUGUCGUUGGCCUGCUACAUCACAGACGCGAAUCUCAACCUCCUAGAUGAGACCGGCUACGAAGCAGUGAUACAUCACUCUCAAUCCCAACUGGACGCUAUGGGCGAAUGGUGUACAGAUCACCACGGCUCAUCUGGCCUCUCGCAGGAGUGUCUACAAUCUCAAACCACUGCCGAGCAAGCAGCAGACGAACUAUACCAGUACAUUCUACAAUUCUGUCCAGAUCGAAGGAAAGCGUUACUGGCAGGCAACACCGUGCAUGCCGAUAAGACGUUUCUCGUGAAGGAGCCUUGGACGAAGAUCGCGAAGCAUUUGCAUCACCGGAUCUUGGACGUCAGUGCGAUCAAGGAGGCUGCAAAGAGGUGGGCGCCGGAUGAGGUGAUCAAGAAGAGUCCGCAGAAGGCUGGGAAGCAUGAGGCGAAGGCGGAUAUUCUGGAGAGUAUUGAGGAGGCGAAGUAUUGGAAGAAGACUUUAUUUGAUGGAGCGGGAUCGCAAGGUGAGGCAAACGGAGAUGUGAAGUGA